CAUUUCAAAUUAGAGGGGGUGAAACGCAGAUCUUCUCCUGAAACGAUUGACGAUCACUUUCCAAGAACCCUAAUAUAAAACUAUACGUUUUGAAAUCUGCAAUUCAGAUCUGCAUGUAAAGAAGUAUCGACAUAAUACUGUAGUCAAAGUGACAACACUGCUCCAACUAUUUGGUUUUGGUCUCUGAAUUUUUUUUCAAGUAAUGGAGCACGAAAAGAAGAAGAGACAAAAGAAAAAGAAGAACAAGCAGGGGAAAGUCAACGAGAGUGUAUCUGCUGGUGUUGGGGAACUGACUUCUGAAAAUAACAAUCAUGUCAAUGCGACUAAGCCGAAUCAUCAGAAUCUGAACUUUGAAAAUACAGAUGUCCAGAACAAGGGUUUGCAGCAAAGGGUUGUUGAUUCAGAUGAACAGCCUAUCAAUGGAGCCGAAACUGCUUCCCUAGAACAAAAAAUCGAAGAAUUACAUGAGCAACUGAACAUGCACUUACAAAGGGAGGCUGAUCUUGAGAGAAAUGUUUCACAAUCACAGAAAGAAAGAAACUUAUGGCAUCUUAAAGAGGCUGAUCUUGAGACAAGAAUUUUACAAUUACAAACUGAAAAAGAUUCUUGGCUCCAGAAAGAGGCUGGUUAUGAGGGAAAAUUAAAUCAGUUGGUUGAAGAAGCAUCCACUCUGCGUUCUACAGAGAAGUCAGCAGCAGAAACAAUUGCCUCUUUAAACAAGGAUAAUGCAAGAUUACAAGCACAGGUGAUUGAGCUGGAAGCAUCUCGAAAUGAUAUUUCUCACCAAAACCGGCAACUAAAAGAACAUGUAUUUCAUCUCCAGUCAAAGAUUCAGGAUCUCGAGAGUUCUGUGGCUGCCCAUUUAUCUUCUGAAAGGACAAUGCAUGUUACCGAAAAUGAAGACAUGAAGUCACAGUUGGAAUCUGCACAAGCACUUGUUGAGAAGUUGGUUUCUGAAAAUGAAAAGCUUGUUGAGAAGGUAAACAACUUAAAUGCCAAGCUUGACCUAAAGACUGAAACAACCCAAUCAUACUUGCCUAUCAAACCCGAGGAGGAUUUAAUAGUCAGAAAUUCGAAAGCUGCUGCUUCUGGCAUUGAUGAAAGUGGGACAGAUCCAAUGCCAUCAUCAUCAGCUGAAAAUCUAGAUGACAUGGGUGGAUCGGAAUCAGAUGAAGUUAUGGAGUCGGAGGUGAUUAGAUUAAAGAGCAAGAAUGUGGAUUCGAAUCUAAAUCCAAUUUCUUCUGGAGAAAUUGUGCAAAUCCCACUGGACGAGAAGGAUCCCACAUCAACAGCAGCUUCUGAGGUGGGUCUGACUGAGGCCCCGCUCAUUGGUGCACCCUUCCGGUUGAUAUCAUUCGUUGCCAGAUACGUGAGUGGGGCCGACUUGGUUCAGAAGAACCAGGAGAUAUAAGUUCCAUAAUUUUAUUUAUAUACACCAAGAAAAGAGAAGUGGGGUUUCAUAUAUGUAGCAAAACAAGUAGGAGAGAGUUUUUUGUUAUUUCCUUACUUAGAUGAUGAGAUAUAAUAGUGAGAACAGAUGAAGAAAAUUGGACUUGUAUUUGGAUGAAGCACAAUGGAUACCAUUUCUUUUCUUUGCUGCUGUGGAUCCCUUUGAAUAAAAAGUUUUUGC